CCGGCCCGACAGUUCCCGGAAGUGACGGGAACGGGUGAGUUCCGCUCGCGCUGCGUUUCCACGGCGGCCGCAGGAGUGGAUCGCGGGCCUGAGGCGGAGUGGCAGAGGGAGCGGCAACGGCGUCUGGCUCCGUUGUCCGGGCCUGAGGUGGACAGGAAACGGGCUCCGUGGACUCCGGCCCGAGGACCGCCGAGCUGAUUAAUCAACAGACAGAUGAAGAGCGGAAGUGAGCAGGGACACUUUGCAAAUACAGCGUUUUGCUCUUGGGUAUCAUAAAAUUUGUGGUCUAUUAUAGCAGCCUCAACCAUGUCAGUGGAUAUGAAUAGCCAGAGCUCUGAUAGUAACGAUGACUAUAAUGGAGACUCUGAGGAGGAGGAAGAGGAUCAAGGGGAUAUGCGUGACUAUUAUGAUGGGGUAGCGAAUGAUGUGGAAGUGCAAGGGGCAGACUCCUUUGAUCCAGAAGAAUACCAAUACACGUGCCUGUCGUACAAGGAGUCAGAGAAUGUGCUAAACGAACAAGUUGACUCAAUGGCAGAUGCCCUAAAGGUACAGCCGUCUGUAGCCAAGCUUAUUUUAGUUAACUUCCAUUGGAAGACCUUUGAUAUUUCAGAAAAGCAUAAAUCUAACCCGACUCAGCUUCUGGUAGAAGCCAGAGUUCAGCCAAAAACAACAAAAAGUACAUUUAUCCAUUCUUCUCAUCAUUGUGGCGUUUGCCUGCAGAAUGUUCGGAAGGAGAACUUGUUGUCCUUGCCCUGUCAUCAUUUGUUCUGCCGCAGUUGCUGGGAACAGUACAGUACUGUGCUAGUCAAAGAUGGCAUUGGAGUCGGCAUAUCCUGCAUGGCGCAAGACUGCUUGCUUCGAACGCCUGAAGACUUUGCUUUUCCUUUGAUCUCUAAUGAAGAACUAAGAGAAAAAUAUAGGCGCUAUCUUUUCAGAGAUUAUGUGGAGAGCCAUUAUCAGCUGCAGCUUUGUCCUGGCGCUGACUGUCCGAUGGUGAUUCAGGUGCAGGAACCUAAGGCUCGGCGUGUGCAGUGCAGCCGCUGUAAUGAGGUCUUCUGCUUCAAGUGUCGCCAGAUGUACCAUGCUCCCACCGACUGCACCACUAUUAAAAAGUGGCUCACUAAAUGUGCUGAUGACUCAGAAACUGCAAAUUACAUCAGUGCACAUACAAAAGAUUGUCCUAAGUGCAAUAUUUGCAUUGAGAAAAAUGGAGGGUGCAAUCACAUGCAAUGUUCAAAGUGCAAGCAUGAUUUCUGUUGGAUGUGCCUGGGAGACUGGAAGACCCAUGGCAGCGAGUAUUAUGAAUGCAGUCGGUACAAAGAGAAUCCUGACAUUGUGAAUCAGAGCCAGCAGGCACAGGCUAGGGAAGCCUUGAAGAAAUACUUGUUCUAUUUCGAAAGGUGGGAAAACCACAAUAAAAGCCUGCAGCUGGAAGCACAGACAUACCAGCGGAUUCAAGAAAAAAUCCAGGAACGUGUUAUGAAUAAUUUGGGAACGUGGAUUGAUUGGCAGUAUUUACAAAAUGCUGCAAAGCUGCUUGCCAAGUGUCGGUACACCUUGCAGUAUACCUAUCCAUACGCAUACUAUAUGGAGUCAGGGCCCAGGAAAAAACUGUUUGAAUACCAGCAAGCACAGCUGGAGGCAGAGAUUGAGAAUCUGUCAUGGAAGGUGGAGCGAGCAGACAGUUAUGACCGAGGGGAUCUAGAGAAUCAAAUGCAUAUAGCAGAACAGAGGCGUAGGACGCUGCUUAAAGAUUUUCAUGACACCUCAGACUAAAAGAGUCCUUUGGACAUGGUGACACUUCGAAUGAGACCUUGGCUGGGGAAGAUGAAGAAAUACUGGCUUUAGUUCCUUGUUUCUUUUAUCAUCUGACAUCCUUUGGUUUUCUUUUGUUUGUUGGAAUAGUCAGAAACACUCAUGGGUGUUUCCAUUCAUGAGUUAUAAUAGUGUUAGACUUUUUUUUAGAGGGAAAAAAGAUGUAUUUCUUUUUUUUAAAAAGAAGAAUGUGUUAACAUUUUAAGAAGUCUUGGCUUUUACAAACACUUUCACAGAGACUGGAAAGAUUGCAGAAGCCACAACACCCCACAGACUUUUAAUGUAAGUUUUCACUAGAACAAGAAUAUUUGGGACAUCUGUGGCACAACCUAAUUAUAUCGUGCACACUGGCACCAACGCACGCUGCUUAAGCGACGGCUGGGAAUUGAAAACUGCUUAAAGAGGAGUUGUUUGGGAAAUAUUUGGUUUUCUGGUAUCUUGCUUUACUGUUAGUUGCCUGCUUUGGCUGGGAACAAUCUUCUUUCUGUUUGAUUUGAGGGGGAUUAAUGUCAACAUUAAUUUAUAUGUAGAUGCAGGAAGUGGCCUGUCUUUGUGACAUGUAGUGAACUUCCUAAUACCUGCUGGAGAGCACAGUAAAAAAUAUGCCCCGCAUUCUCCCCAAGGUGGAAAGGGAACGUGACAAUUCAAUAAGUUUGCUGUUAUUAUCUCUAUUUUGAGCAGAACAGCUGAUGACUUAUACUGGUAAUGAUGCUCAUGAAUAUUCAUGAACUUCAUGAACUACCCAACUUGCUCCCCACCCCACACCUUACCAUGCACAGCAGUUUGUUACAACCUUGUUACCGGAUCAGCAUCAACAAUUUUUAAAAUAGUUUAUACCCUUUUUUUAAAAAGAGAAAAAAAAAGUGUUUUGAGCUUUUUUCCCUAGACACACUUCUUGUAACAGUUUAGUGAUGUACUUACUCUUGGUAAAAUGGGGUCCUGGUUGUGUAUGUGGGUUACCAGGAUAUAUAAUAAGUAUGUUUUUAUACAUUUCAUAUUUGUCACACUACCUCGAGUGCAUUCAGCAUUCUGAUCCAUAAUAGUAAGAAGAGUGAAAAAUUAAUUUUUGUUUUGCUUAGCAUUGGUGAAUAGGGGAACUAUUUAUGACGUGAAUCUUUUUUCUCUCCCCGCCCCUCUGACGAUGCAGCUGAGAGGUUGUGUAACUGCUGUAAUGUUUUCAACUAUUUGUGCUUUGUGCAGCAAUAGAACCACUGUAUCCUUGUUACUGGUAUAAAAGACUAUUUAAUUCUACAGGCUUGCCAUUGUCUGAAACCUUGCCGACCCUUUUCUCAGUCAAGUGCCACCUUCCUGAGGGCAGCGCGUGCUGAGCUCUGGGUGAAUUUGAUUCUUUUUGACUGUUUGUCUUCUGCUGACCAGUGGCCGCCGUGCUCUGAAUUUAGAUGACACCUGGUAUCAGUGAUCUAGCCACCUGUCUCACUGGCAUGCGUCACCACAACUGCAGAUCAGCUGAUGCAGGAUGUGGCGGCAAUGUCAACCACUCUGUUUGAUUUAAUUUUUCUUCCUCUCAAGCCAGAGUUUUGAAAUUUCUGUCCCUUGAGAUCCAGUUUCUGGUUUUCUCCAAUGGCAAGGAACUCUUUGCAAGCAAUAAAAAUGUGUUUUUUUUUUCUAUUCUGCAGCAUAACUAGUUGGAAGAUUUCAACAACUAAUUUAAUUUUGAGCUUGUUACUAUGCAUGCUCAAGGUUUGCAGUGUUACUGAAACCACUUGAUUGAAUUAUUACCUUGUAGCUGCUGCCCUCUUAUCCCAAUGUGAGCUGAAUCACAUGGAUAACGUUGAAUAAAUCUCACAGCAAUGUAGAUUAACUCUUAA